AUGGGGGGAUGUGGAUCAAGAGAUAGAGAAAUGAAAGAGAAAAUUGGCUUCGCAUAGAAUGAUUAUGAUUAUGCAAUCAAACAGUUUUCUAAAAUGACCCAAUAAAAACCAGGGAAAGCAGAUCAAUACUUUAGUUUUGAAGGUUUUAAAGUAUUCUUUACCGAGAACCCUGUUUUCGCCUAAAAAUUAUACAUCUUCAUGAGAAAUUAUGGUGGUUAAAAUUAUGUUGACUUAAAUACAUUCCUAAUAGUCGUUGACUUAUUUACUAGAACUUCUAUGAAAUUAUAGAAUUAAUUGAAGAAUUUGGAUAUUUAAAUAUUAUUUAUUUUGGUAUCGCUUUCUAGUUCUGAGAUUAUGCAGAAAGACACAUUCAAUUUUAAUAAUGUUUAUAAAAUAUCUAUUAGCUAUUCUAAUGCUGUUAAAUUAUUCAAAGAACUAAUAAAUAUGUAAAGUGAUAAAGGCGAUAUUUUAUGUCAUGACGAUGAUUAAGCUCCUAUUUUAUUAGUCAAUAAUAUUUUUUAAGACCAUUCAAUUCUUAACUAUAAAGCCUUUAUAGAUAAAAUUAAAUAAGAAACUCCUUAGAUUUCUAAGAUUGUGAAGAAUUAUAUAGCAGGUAAGUUUAUUAAUAAGAUGCUUAAAAAUUAAUUACCUAAAUUAGAAUCCAGUGAAUUAAUGAAUAAAUAGUUGAUUGCUCUUCUUAAUUUGAGUGUUCCUUGGUUUUAUAAAUGUGUUGCUGUAAAUCAAGUAUACAAAUAUGAACUCGAAAGUGGAUAAACUUAUAAUUUCAAUGUUCUAGGAAACAGUCUGUUGUAAAUGAAGGGGCCAAAUGUUAUUCUGUUUCGACAUCUCUAAAGAGAUAAAGAUACAGAUAAAAUAGAUAAAUACACCUUUGGCUAUUUUUCACCUUCUCAAUGGAAAGUGUCACCUGAUAUUUCAGGGAAUAAGGGUUCUUUCAUAUUUUCUGUUCACCCAAAAUUUAAAAUAUUCUCAACAAACAACUAACAAUAAAGUAAAUUUGCUUUAUUGAUUCCUAUCAUAACCAAAAAAUAGACGCAAACUCUUCAGAGUCAAUUAAAAUAAGGACCAAAAUAACCAGGUUUGGGAAUUGGUGGCAGUGGAUAUGAUCAUCACAGAAUUUGGAUAGAUGGAAAGUAAUUGCAGGCAAGUAGAUUGGCGAUUGAUGAUAAGACUUUUUAGAGUGGACCAAUAUUACCAAAUGAUAUUCAUUUAUUGAAUAUAGAUUUGAUCGAAAUUUGGGAUUUGUAAUUGAAUACUGCAGCACAAAGCACCUCUUAUUUUAAGUCAACUACUCAUCAGCAUUAUUGUGGUGAAGAGGAAUAAAGAUUUAAUCAACACUAAUUGAGGGAUGUUCUCCUGACUUUAAAUUAAUAAAGCAGUAAUGAUUAUAGAAGAGGAACUUAAGAAUAUUAGAUAUCAAAUCCUUUGCUCCCAAUUAGCGAGGAGGAGGAGGAGAAAUAGUAGGGAAAAUGA